UUCCCAUCGCCAACUUAUCAUCCAAGCCAGCCCCGCCGUCCCCGCCGCAGGAGACCGACCGAGGCCGAGAUGACCACACCGGAGACGCAGCGGGAGCCGUGCCCGGACCGCAUCUUCGACGAUGUCGGCGGCGCCUUCGGGAUGGGCGCCGUGGGGGGCUCCGCCUACCACUUCGUCAAGGGCAUCUACAACUCCCCCAACGGCCACCGCCUCGCUGGCGGUGCUGUGGCCGCCCGCAUGAACGCGCCGGGCAUCGGGGGCAGCUUCGCCGUCUGGGGAGGCCUCUUCUCCUGCUUCGACUGCGCCAUGGUAUACGCCCGCCAGAAGGAGGAUCCCUGGAAUUCCAUCGCCACCGGCGCCGCCACGGGUGGCCUGCUCGCCAUGCGCCAGGGCCUUCUCGCAUCCGGCAGGUCCGCGGUCUUCGGCGGCGUUCUCCUCGCGCUCAUCGAGGGCGCUGGGAUCAUGCUCAACCGCGUCUGGGUCGGCCCGCCGCCGGAGGACCCGCUGCAGUUCCCCGGGCAGGACACCUCCCAGCCCGCACCCGUUGGCUUCCUGGGCGUGCUGCCGGCGCCGCCGGUCGUGGUUCAGGAGAUCCCAGUCCCUGAGUCUGCCCCGACUGGGUGGUUUGGCGGUUUGUUUGGGAGGAAGCAGCACGACAAGGUUACAGGUGGGGAUCGCAAGUCGGAGAUGUUGGAGUUAGACUUGCCCAGCACGGCCGUUCCCUCCUUCGAUUACAAGUGAAAAGGGUCAUCCUACUACUGCUUGCAAGGGGCAUCAGAAGUUUCAAAUGACUCCAAAUGCCAGGAGACAGUAGGUUGUAUGACAAAAUCAAGCUUAUCCUUGAGUGCCAGGACUUGAUUUUAUUUGAGCAAUUCACUCGAAUCAAAAUAAAAUUUUGACCGCAGACCUCUAGAUAAAUACAAGUUCAUGAUCUUUUACUCGUCUUAUAUAGUAUUCUGUGUCAGAGUUCAAAGCAGCUCGAGAUGUCUUCAUUCCUUAUGUCGUAUGUAGUGCUUCAAUUGGAAGUGGGAAAUUGAGAUUCAGGGCACUGUGUUCAAAAUUUGUCUUUGCA